GGUGAUCCUGUUUUCUUUCACAUCGACUUUGUUACAUCGUAGUCUCUUAUCGUAAAGCGAAGCAAGUUUAGUUUUGAAUGGCAGUGAGCGGUUUUUAACUAAAGAAGAGAAGUUGAGCAAAAUUGUAUUGCUUUCGAGAUUAAUAAGAAACAUUCGUUGAAAUGUGCAUCCUCGUAAUUAAUAUUUUAUGAGUAAAUUUUAUUGGUCGCUAGCAUUUGUCGACAAAAAGAUAUUUUAAUUUUUAUUAUAAUAAUGGAUGUAGAAACAGCAAAUUUAUCGGAACUACGAGAUGCUGAAGUUGCAACACGCAUGCGAAAAUGUAAUUAUGAAAAAUUUAAAACAUUAGUACGGAUGCAUUUAUCCUUUGAACUGGAUCUAAAUACGGAUGAAUUCGAUCUACCAUGCCAUGAAAUAGUUUACGAAGAUAGGGGUAAAUUAAAGAAGUGGAAUCGCAUGAGCAAAAAAUACAAACUAGCUUUAACGAAUGGGUCUACGGGUUGUACGAGCAAUCCAAAAACAAUUUCGGGCAGUAACAUUGGUUUUAGCCCGGGCGAAUGCGCCAAUCAACAGAUCGAUGCGGGUUUUCUAUACCAUUUGGAAGAGCUCAAACAUUUUUUAAUGACAGAAAAGAAUCUUUUACAAGAGGGAAUCUUUCGGAAAAACGGUUCUAUAUCAAGGCAGAACGAACUACGCUCACAUAUACAAAACGAUGAGCCUUUACAUUUAGAUACUGGAGACUAUUCGGCGCAUGAUUGCGCUACCGUGUUUAAAGCCUAUUUGUCAGAACUGCCAGAACCCUUGCUGACCGACGCGCUUUAUCCAGCCCAUUUGCAAAUAGCACCCCUUUGUCUUUGUGUUAAUGCUAAUUUGGAAAAAAAUAUGGAAGCCAAAGAUUCUCUUACAACAUCCGCUAACAGUAAUAAACCUGAGAAGCAGAAGAAGGAAUUGCAUGUUCUCAAUUCUUUACAACUUUUAUUAUUGUUGUUACCUGAAGAAAAUCGUAAUCUUCUGGAACAUGUUAUUGACAUAUUGCACGCCGUAGCUCUAAAACAACAAAGCAAUAGAAUGACUCCUGACAAUUUAGCUACAUUAUUUACCCCGCAUUUAAUAUGCCCUCGCAAUUUGCCGCCUGAAGCUUUACAUUACCUGGCUCGGAAAAUGUCAAGCAUUAUAUCAUACAUGGUUAUCAAGGGAAGGGAAAUAUUUGCAGUGCCUCCUAAAUUGGCCGUUGAUAUCCGUGCCUAUUUCGCAGAACGUAAACGCAAAAAGAGCGCAUCUCCAGAAAAGACAUUAGAUGAGUCGAUAUCGGAUAUCUCUACGGUUAAUACGGUUUAUACGUUUGUAGAUCGAGAAAGAACAGCGGCGGCACAUAACACAAAUACUACCGAUACGGAAUUAGCACAACUUUACGCUCAUAUACAAUCAUUGCCAGAAUCGUCAAAAAAACGUCGACUUAUCAAACAGUUUAAUAAGCAGAAUGGAAAAGGUACUCCUCUGCAAUUCCAAGCGAUGAAUCGUUUAAAAAAUCCCGAUUCAGCACGUAGCUCAAAAUCUUUAAGUGAUUCGAUAAAAAAGCAUAUUUUUCAUAAAAGCAUUAUGUCCAAGACUCCAAAAAGACAAAUGUUAUCUACGCUAAGCAUAGAAACACCUCAUGUUCCCGUUUUGCUCAAGCAUAAGCAAAGAGUUUUAUUCCAAAGUUCCACUGUCAUUUCCAAUUCAUCCCCUUCCGUAGUUGCUCCAGGAAAAAACUUUGAUGUUCAAAAUUCAAAUAUAUUCCGAAAAUGCAUAACAUCAACUGCAAUAUUACCUACUCAUGUUAAUCAUGAAAAUCAAGAGUCUUCUUGUUCCACAUCAUCAUCAUCAGAAUCUUCUAGUUCUCCUUUGUGUGCUUUAAAUUGUACCGCUGAGAUUAUAAAUAAUUCUAACUCCAUAUCAGCGCCAGUUAGUCGUCAGACUUCUAAUGAUCUGUCAAAUGUGUGCGCCUUAACAACCGCGACUUCUCUGACUUCAUUAGACGCAAAAUGUUGCGUUACACCUUUAAAAUUACUUACGGAAGCUGCUAAAAACGUUAUUAGUGGGGCUAACUUUCUUGGAGUUGAUAAGAAGUCUGUGGGUUGGCAGGAUGCCGUGCCCGACGCGGAGCACGUUUCUAAUCCUUCGACACCUUCGCAACAAUUUACUACCAUUGCUAUUAGUAAUACAAAAUCUCGCUUUAAAUCUGAACCCAAUCUCAGUAUAUGCGAUUCACCUCUUCCUUCAGCUGUACCAACCUCAGCCGCUAAUGAUAAUAAUAAAGAAAUGAUUACACCAAUUAGUAAGCUACUGCCAGCGAAAUAUAUAACACGUAAACUUAUGAAAGGGGUUAGUAUGGGUAAUUUGAAAUUCCCCUUUAGUACGCCUGAGUCCACCAAGCGUUUAGUACGUACUGUAUCGUCUACUUUGAAAGGGCGUAAUGAAGAUUCGCAGAUCUACCAACGAGCUGAAGGCAGCUUUUUAGGAGCGAUUGAGGCGGGUAACGUACCCUUACUUACAGAUAUGGAUGGUGAUGAUGAAAGUGUGGAAGCAUUCGAAAAUUUUAUUGAUGAAAACGCGCGAAAAGCUGGCGAUUGCCAGCCCAUAAUUGAGACCAAAGUAAUUCAGCAACAAAUUUCCUUGCAACAAAGUAAUGUUUGCCGCAAUGUAGAUUUAGUGACAAGUACACCGUCGCUAUUAAUAGGACGACGUUCUAUGUCUCCUAUUACGAAAUCCACACAACGAAUGCCUAAAGCUAUGCAGGAAUCUAUAAUGACGCCGCGUUCACGUAAACCGGUUAUGGUUUUGGCAACUACUGCCAAUUGUGCAGAAAACAAGCAAGGCGAAGAUCAAAAUUCCCAAGAUCUUAAAAGGCGACACUUAGUUAAAUAUAAAGCAGAGGAUUGUUUCACUCCUUCAGGUGGAUUCUCUAAUAUACUUAAACGGCACCAAAUGUUACAAAACAAUGACAGUUUUAAACAUUUAAACUUAUCCCCCAGAAGAAAAACUCUUGAAAAAAAUGCGGAUACCUUAAGUAAUGACUUCAAAGAAUAUUUAAUGAAACGCAGAGUGUUCACUGAUGCUCCCGAGGACUCUUCUUUUUCUAGUCAUUCAGAUGAUUUUGAUAGUACAAGAGAAUUGGAUGAUCUGGAGGAGGAUCAAUUAAGUUCUAGCUUACUUCAUUGCCUGAAUGGCAAUAGACCUGAAGAAUACAUGAACGAUGAAGAGACUGUGCAGCUAUUGAAUAAAAACAGUACUACAGACAGUAGUGGCAGCAGCUCUUCGUUUGUCAUAACAAAUCGUUUGAGUAACAAUCCAUUUGUUAUACUUAACAACGCACGGAAACGCGCAGCUUCGACAGAAUUUGAUAAAGCGGCCGUGUCAAUAAGUAGGAGUGAUAAAAAAGAUCUAAAACAUACUCAUAUAACGCAAAUAGGAAGUAAUUUUUCUAAAUUGACUUCGGGACCUUCAAACAAAGAAAACUUUGAACAUGGUGAAGCUUACGUUAAAACCAAAAAAUAUUUAAUUAGCGAAUGCCCUGGUGAGACAUCAUUUUAAAUAUAUAAAGCAAGAAGAGGAACAUAACUCACAUAGUUUAUAUAUACCUAUAUAUUUUCCCGUUUUAAUUAAAAACUUUAUACGGUAACCCGUUCAAUUUGAUUAAUUCCAUAUCGAAGUUCUUUAAAAUUCAUUUAAUCGUUAUGUAAAUAAAUGUUUUUGUAUACACAUACAUUCAGCUAUCGACUAUUUAUUAAUUGUUCGUACUUGUUUUUAUGAAUACCAUAUAUUUUAAAGCAAUUCAUCUUCUAUAUAAUUACGAUUCUUAUUCAUUCUUUUUACAAUCA